GGUUAGCCAUCAGCCUUGGAGUUACCUGGACACACUCUCAUUUGAGUUGUACUUCUGCUGUUUCUUCUUCCAAAGCAACCAUAAGAGGACAUCAUCUCCCCAUCACUGGACCAUUUCAACUUUAUAACUUUUUUCCGGACUCCCUGGAUUUCCUGGUGCCCAUUUGGAUCCCUUGGCUUAUUGUACCUUAAUACUGGACCUAUUCCCUGGACAAAAUGACUGGACGCCUUGGAUAUGAAGGACGCCCGGAGCGUCAGAACGAAUACUUUAUCCCCGGUGAUGGAAUCAGCCGGGAAGUGAUCCAGGCAGACAUAUGCCGUUACCUUGGAAAUGAUGCGCUCGUAAGACCUGGAAACCACCAAGGUCGACAGGGCUUCUUUAUCCGUGCUUAUAGAAAUCUCACUUCAGAAAUGAUUGCUGAUCUCAAAGCUGACUCUGCUCGGUGGGAGGCAGAUGUGCUCCGUCGCGCUGACCAAGGCUAUCCCAGAGGUAGUUACAUUCAAGACUACAGUGUGUCUCAACCGCCACCUAACAUGGUUCCAGCAACCUAUGCUUCUUCAUCAAUUCAUGAAGGGCGUCAGCAGCAGGGUCCAUCUCCUCCACCUACAUACAGUGCACCACCUCCUCAACCAUAUGUGGACCCUUACACUCAGCCCCCAUACGGGCAGACCCAAAGUCCCCAGUAUCCAGUUUCCUCUUCAUAUCCUGCAAACCACUCACCCUUUGGAUCUGGACAAACCUAUCCACCUCCCCAGGUUCCUUACUCUGCACCAAGCCAGCCCCCGGUGUCUGCCGAUAUGCAUCAAACAUAUACGUACACAACCACCGCUGGCUAUGGCUACGAAAAUGGAAGGAACAACCCUAGAUACCCUGGGCCUGGUUAUGAGACAGAAUCUGACUAUUCCCCCGUUACUUCCGGGAUAGCUUACCCAGCUACUACUGCCCCAGACCCCCGGAUAGGAGGAAUGGACCCAAGAUAUACCCCGGAGUCGGCAUACUCGGACCGCAGUAGGCCACAGCCAACAAGGGAGAGAGAUCCAGCCCGCCGGCGGUAGAAGAAGAAUGCUUUUCUCUUUUAUUUUUCUGUGAAUUCCAAGGGUGUAGCUGCAAUUCCACCUUUUGUCUCGGGAAAACAUCGCCUUAGGAGUAUUAAAAACCUGCGCAACACCAAAGUUUCGCCCACACCUCCAGCAUCUAUACG